AUGAAGGCUGUGAGGGGCCUCAGGAAUGUCUUCGAAUACACCACUCGGCUCGGCUUGCAGAGCCUGGAGACAUUUCAGUUCAUGCGGGACUAUGAUCGCACACAGGUGAUCUACCCUGCAAGGCAUCUGCCGAGGAGCUCUACUGUGCCGGUCAGGGGGCCCGAUGCUGGCGGAACUGAGAGCUUCUUCGCAAUCAGCGGGCGUCAGGGUGAUCGUCUCCUGCUUCGCCUGGAGGUAUCGGACGCUCAUGUGACGGUGAGUGCAAGCCAGUCGUCCGGCACACGCACGUGGCACAGUCAAGAGGGGCGGAUGCGAAAGCGCUUUUUCGUGGCAGGUUCUUCGUGGGAUCGUUGCAUCGCCAUGGACCAGGAUGCAGAUCAUCCAGAUCCAAAUCGAGCCAUCUUUCCAGAAGCGCCCAGAUCUACGAGCGGUGGCUCCAUGGUCAUGGGUCCGGAAUCUGGCAAAUCAGACAAGAAGUUUCUCAUCACUGGCUAUCCAGGCACCACCUUCGAGAUAUGCCUAGACCUCCAAAGUGAGAACAGGUGGAAGACCGUGACGUGGAGAAAGCUUGCCGAGACUUUCCUGCACAUGCAGGUCUCCGAUCCAGGUCUGUAUGAAGAAGGAUUUGUCAGUGGCAGUAAUGGUGCAAGACCGGAAUGGAGGUUUGGAAGGAUGUGGAAAGCUCUGGAAGAGGUGCGAAUUUUUCCGUUUGAAAAGCAACAGGAAGGGUUGCCGGAAGCCACGUGA